UAUAUUUAAAAAUCUGAAGAUACCUCCAGGGACUUUACAAUCUGUGCAGCAAACAGCACCCUCUGUGCACAGUGCCAUAUAUUUAGUAUCUCUAAGUGUUUGAUGGAGUCUAAAUGCUGACAUCUGCUGGUCGACUUUAUGAAUUACAGCUAUUGUUUGUGGAAUAAUUCAAGUGAAGACAUGAAACAUUGAUCACAAGAGAAUUGACCUUAUCCCUGUCAUGUGUUGCAUAUUUAACACAAUCAAUGCAAUGAGACUGAAACAGACUUCUUGUGUCAUUGUCCAAAUGUAUGUGUUUGAGUCUGGGUUUAAAAAGUUACCUUUGUGUUAUAUUGUGAUCAUUUACUUUGUGAGGAGAAAGAAACAAAUACCUUUUGAAUCAGCCAACAUUUCUUUUUUUUAAAAACAUAACCACAUAGGUUUUUUGUUUUCCAUUCCAAUUACAAGUUGUUUUUUUACCAUUCACUGCCAUGUGAUCCACACUGCUGCUUCAUCACAUGUCAGGACAGAUCAUUAAUGCAUUAAUCUGUGAGCUAGCACCAUCUAGUGGACAGUUAGUGGAACUCAACACCUCUCAAUGUUUCUGAUACUUGUUGCACCGGUUUUCACGUGACUCUGAAGUGUUUUUAAUAUCAGGAGUUAUGAGGAUGUGACAGUGUCCUCGGAUCAGAUGCAGGCAGACACAGGACUGCAGAGGAACACAUGAGCAGAGUGUCCUCCACACAGGAAGCUGCAGAGGGUCUGGAAGUGGACCUGAAGUGAGUUCAGCAGGAUCAAACAUUGGAAACCUGGACCCAGCUGUGUGUCUAAGAGUGACUCCUCUAUGGAUCCUAUUGCGUUGAAAGAUGGACACCACUCUGAUCCAAAGAUCAAACGUGAGGAAACUGGAUCUGGGCCUGAACCCAGCUGUGUUUCCAUGAAGAGUGACCGGUCUAUGGGCAAACCUAUUGGGUUCAGAGAUGGAAAGCACUCUGAUGGUCCAAGUAUCAACCAUGAGCAAUCUGGACCCAGCUGUGUGUCCAUGAAGAGUGACUGGUCUAUGGGUAAACCUAUUGGGUUUACAGACGAAAAGCACUCUGAUCGUCUAAGGAUCAAAGAACAGAGGGCAGUCCAUAAAACAUCCAACUGUGUAUCCAUGAAGAGUGACCACUUCAGAACGUUUUAUAGCAAGAUUCAACGAAAGCACUUUAACAAAGCUUAUCGACAGAAUUCAGAGGUUCCCAUUAAUCAGUCUGUCCAGCUGGACUCCAUAUUCAUGCUGCUCCAGGAAAACAUUGUUGGAUUUGUGGAGGACGAGCUGAAGAAGAUCCAGAGAGUCCUGAGUUCAGAUUACCCAGAAAGCUUAGAGAGUCAGAGGGAGGAUGAGGAGGUGUUGGACAGUGAGGAUGAAGAGCAGAGGAGGAGCAGCAGAGAGGCAUUUCUGAACAUCACCCUGCACUUCCUGAGGAGCAUGAAGCAGGAGGAGCUGGCUGAGCGUCUGCAGAGCAAAACUAAUGCUCGAGUUUGCAAACGUAAACUUAAAUCCACCCUGAAGGAGAGGUUCCAGUGUGUGUUUGAGGGCAUUGCUAAAGCAGGAAACCCAACCCUUCUGAACCAGAUCUACACAGAGCUCUACAUCACAGAGGGGGGGUCUGCAGAGGUCAAUGCUGAACAUGAGGUCAGACAGAUUGAAACAGCAUCCAGGAAACCAGACAGACCAGAAACAACCAUCAGACAAGAAGACCUCUUUAAAGCCUCACCUGGAAGAGAUGCACCAAUCAGAGCAGUGCUGACAAAGGGAGUGGCUGGCAUUGGGAAAACAGUCUUAACACAGAAGUUCACUCUGGACUGGGCUGAAGGCAAAGCCAACCAGGACAUCCUGUUCACAUUUCCAUUCACCUUCAGAGAGCUGAAUGUGGUGAGAGAGAACAAGUACAGCUUGGUGGAACUUGUUCAUCACUUCUUCUCUGAAACCAGAGACGCAGGAAUCUGCAGGUUUGAUCAGUUCCCGGUCGUGUUCAUCUUUGACGGUCUGGAUGAGUGUCGACUUCCUCUGGACUUCCUCAACACUGAGAUCCUGACUGAUGUCACAGAGUCCACCUCAGUGGAUGUGCUGCUGACAAACCUCAUCAGGGGGAAGCUGCUUCCCUCUGCUCGCCUCUGGAUAACCACACGACCUGCAGCAGCCAAUCAGAUCCCUCCUGAGUGUGUGGACAUGGUGACAGAGGUCCGAGGGUUCACUGACCCACAGAAGGAGGAGUACUUCAGGAAGAGAUUCAGAGAUCAGGAGCAGGCCGGCACCAUCAUCUCCCACAUCAAGACCUCACGAAGCCUCCACAUCAUGUGCCACAUCCCAGUCUUCUGCUGGAUCUCUGCUUCAGUUCUGGAGGAGGUGUUGAAAACCAGAGAGGGAGGAGAGCUGCCCAAGACCCUGACUGAGAUGUACAUCCACUUCCUGGUGGUUCAGUCCAAAGUGAAGAACAUCAAGUAUGAUGGAGGAGCUGAGACGGAUCCACACUGGAACAAAAAGAGCAGGAAGAUGAUCAAGUCUCUGGGAAAACUGGCUUUUGAGCAGCUGCUGAAAGGCAACCUGAUCUUCUAUGAGUCCGACCUGACAGAGUGUGGCAUCGAUAUCAGAGCAGCCUCAGUGUACUCAGGAGUGUUCACACAGGUCUUUAGAGAGGAGAGAGGACUGUACCAGAAGGACAAGGUGUUCUGCUUCGUCCAUCUGAGCGUUCAGGAGUUUCUGGCUGCUCUUCAUGUCCAUCUGACCUUCAUCAAGUCUGGAGUCAACCUGCUGGCAGAAGAACCAACAAACUCCCGGCUGCUUAAAGUGUUCAGAUCCAAACCUAAACUAACACAUCUCUACCAGAGUGCUGUGGACCAGGCCUUACGGAGUCCAAACGGACACCUGGACUUGUUCCUUCGCUUCCUCCUGGGUCUUUCACUGCAGACCAAUCAGAUUCUCCUACGAGGUUUGCUGACACCACAGAUAGGAAGUGUGUCCAAACAGGAAACAGUUGAAUACAUCAAGGAAAAGAUAGGAAAGAACCCGUCUCCAGAGAGAAGCAUCAACCUGUUCCACUGUCUGAAUGAACUGAAUGAUCGUUCUCUGGUGGAGCAGAUCCAACAGUACCUGAGUUCAGGAAGUCUCUCCACAGAGGAUCUGUCUCCUGCUCAGUGGUCAGCUCUGGUCUUCAUCUUACUGUCAUCAGAAGAAGAUCUGGACGUGUUUGACCUGAAGAAAUACUCUGCUUCAGAGGAGGCUCUUCUGAGGCUGCUGCCAGUGGUCAAAGCCUCCAGGAAAGCUCUGCUGAGUGACUGUAACCUGUCAGAGAGAAGCUUUGCAGCUCUGUCCUCAGUCCUCAGCUCCCAGUCCUCUAGUCUGAGAGAUCUGGACCUGAGUAACAACGACCUGCAGGAUUCAGGAGUGAAGCUGCUGUCUGCUGGACUGGAGAGUCCACACUGUGAACUGGAGACUCUCAGGUUAACUGGCUGUGACCUGUCAGAGAGAAGCUGUGCAGCUCUGUCCUCAGUCCUCAGCUCCCAGUCCUCUAGUCUGAGAGAUCUGGACCUGAGUAACAACGACCUGCAGGAUUCAGGAGUGAAGCUGCUUUCUGCUGGACUGGAGAGUCCACACUGUGAACUGGAGACUCUCAGGGUAACUUACUGCAACCUGUCAGAGAGAAGCUGUGCAGCUCUGUCCUCAGUCCUCAGCUCCCAGUCCUCUAGUCUGAGAGAUCUGGACCUGAGUAACAACGACCUGCAGGAUUCAGGAGUGAAGCUGCUGUCUGCUGGACUGGAGAGUCCGCACUGUGAACUGAAGUCUCUCAGUCUGGCAAGCUGUCUGGUCUCAGAGGAAGGCUGUGUUUCUCUGGCUUCAGCUCUGAGCUCCAACCCCUCCCAUCUGAGAGAGCUGGACCUGAGCUACAAUCAUCCAGGAGCCUCAGGAGAGAAGCUGCUGUCUGCUGGACUGGAGGAUCCACUCUGGAGACUGGAGACACUCAGGCUGGACCAUGGUGGAGAGCAGAGGUUGAAACCAGGUGUGAGGAAGUAUUCCUGUGAACUCACCCUGGACUCAAACACAGCACACAGAGAACUCAAACUGUCUGACAACAACAGGACGGUGACAUCUGUGUGGGAGGAGCCACAGCCAUAUCCUGAUCAUCCAGAGAGGUUUGACCGCUGGCCUCAGCUGAUGUGCAGAGAAGCUCUGACUGGUCUCUGUUACUGGGAGGUCGAGUGGAGCGGAUGGGUUCAUAUAUCAGUGACUUACAGAGGAAGCAGCAGGAAAGGAGAGAGAGAGGACUGUGUGUUUGGAGAGCAUGAUCAGUCCUGGAGUCUGAGCUGCUCUCGUCGUGGUUACUAUGUCAGGCACGAUAACAGAGAAAUACCCUCCUCCUCCUCCUCCUCCCUCUCCUCCUCCUCUGGUAGAGUAGCAGUGUAUCUGGAUCAUCCUGCUGGCUCUCUGUCCUUCUACAGAGUCUCCUCUGACAGACUGAUUCACCUCCACACCUUCAGAACCACAUUCACUGAACCUCUCUAUGCUGGGUUUGGGUUUGGGAUUGGGUCUAGUUUCUAUCACUCCUCAGCAUCUCUGUGUCCUCUGUAGGAGGAGACCACUUCCUGUCCUGGGGUUUAAACGUUGGUGGUGUACGAGGCUUCACUAUAGUUAACAUUUGGCUCAGUGUUUGUGCCUUUUUAGUCAAGAGCGUUAUUUUAUUCCUCAAAAUGGUGAAGUGAAGUAUGAAAUAAGAAAGUUUACUUUGAGCAACAUGUAGCUGCUAAUGUGUUUGCCGAUUGUAACUGAAUAUGUACUUAUUGUAAGUCGCUUUGGAUAAAAGCAUCAGCUAAAUGCAAUGUAAUGUCAUGUAACUGAAUUUAAUAAAGGUUUACAGAAAAGAAAA